AUGGCUCCAAGACUGACUUGGAGACGGGUGAGACGGGCCUUCACCGCACCCUCCACAGUCGCCAUCUGCAAUUCAUUGCCAUCGGGUGGCACUAUCGGUACCGGUCUCUUUCUCGGUAGCGGCAAGGCUAUCGCGACUUCCGGACCCGUCGGCUGCCUGAUUGCCUUCAUCUUCAUCGGCAGCAUCGUGUACUCCGUCAUGACCGCCUUGUGCGAGAUGGCCACGUACAUCCCCGUCCCGGGUGCUUUCACCUCCUAUGCUUCCCGGUUCAUCGACCCCACUCUCGGUUUUGCAAUGGGCUGGAUGUACUGGUUCAGUUGGUCCAUCACCUUUGCCCUCGAGUUGACUGCAGCCGGUGUCAUCAUCCAGUACUGGAAUGAUACCCUGAGCAUCGCCAUCUUCAUCUCCAUCUUCUGGGUUAUCUUCACUGCCCUCAACUUCAUGCCUAUUCGCAUGUUUGGUGAGAUCGAGAUGUGGUUUGCGAGCAUCAAGGUUGUCACCAUUGUGGGAUUCAUCAUCUUUGCCAUCUGCAUCAACGCUGGUGUCGGCCAGCAAGGCUACCUCGGCUUCAAGUACUGGGUUGACCCUGGCCCAUUCAAUGCCUCCAUGGUUGAGGGCUCUGUUGGCAAGUUUGUUGGCUUCUGGUCCGUCCUGAUCACGGCCGGAUUCAGUUUUCAGGGAUCCGAGUUGGUUGGUAUUGGUGCUGGUGAGACCAAGGACCCCGAGAAGAGUGUGCCCAGUGCUGUUCGCUGGACGUUCUGGGGUAUCUUCUCCCUGUUCGUUGCCACCAUCUUCUUCGUCGGUCUCCUUGUUCCUUCUGACAAUCCGUCGCUGCUAUUGGAUUCCCAAGAUGCCUCGGCUUCUCCUCUCGUCAUUGCCGCGAAUUUGGCCGGCGUCAAGGUUCUGCCUGACAUCAUCAAUGCUGUGCUCUUGACCGCUGUCCUCUCUGCCGCUAACUCGAACGUGUACUCGGGCUCCCGCAUUCUGGUUUCCCUGGCCAACGAGAGGUGCGCUCCUCAGUGGAUGACAUGGACCAACAAGUAUGGUACUCCUUACAUGGCGGUCGCCACCACGUCUGCCGUUGGUCUGCUGGCGUACAUGAACCUGUCCGAGAAUGGCGGUGUCGUGUUCGAUUGGCUCCUCAACAUCACCGCCGUCGCUGGCUUCAUUAGUUGGUCCUGCAUCAACAUCUGCCAUAUCCGCUUCAUGGCCGCUCUCAAGGCUCAGAACAUCCCCCGCAGCACCCUGCCCUAUGUGGCGCCUUUCCAGCCGUACUUGUCCUGGUACGGUCUGUUCUUCAACGUUCUCAUCAUUUUGACCAACGGCUUUACCGUCUUCAUGGAGUGGAGCACUAGUGGCUUUUUCACCGCGUACAUCAGCGUCAUUCUGUUUGUCGUUCUGCUUGUCAGCCACAAGCUGUUCAACCGUACCAAGCCUCUCAAGGCCAUUGAUGCCGAUGUGACGACUGGAACUCUGCGUGCACGAUCUUAA